AUGGCUUCCUUCAUGGAAGACCUGUGGUCCAGCAUUUUCACACCGGGCCCAACCGCGACCUUGUUGAUCGCAACCAACGCCACGUUUGCAGCCCUUCAGCUCGUCCUAUUUAUCCUCCUCCUGGCUACACAUAGUGUGCACUUCAUUGCUCUGUCGGUUCUAUCGGCGGGAUUAUGGUAUUCGAUCAACUGGUUCGCACAGGAAGUGCGAGCUGCCCAGGAGGCCCAGGAGGCUGAGAAGAAGCGGGCCGAGUCAGAGCAUGUGCUAGACAAGAAGGACUCUGUGGUUGAGGGAGCUGAGAGCGAGACAGAAACCGAGUCUAUUCCACUACCAAAGAAAAUAUCCAAGUCCCCGGUCGUCGCGACAGGCAGCGCUACAUCGUCGAGUCUUCAACCUGUUGAGCGAAAUACCAAAAAGCGUCCUAGUAUCGGUGGUGAUAGUUCUGGAUAUGGAAGCACAGACAGUGAAUGGGAGAAAGUUGAAGACAAGUGA